AUGAACGUGGGAAUAUGUACGGGAACUUCUUUCUGGAAACGAUCCGAAUCAAUUACCAAUUGGGAUGAACGUGAUCGCAUUAUGGAAGCUCAACAAAACGAAACUGAGCGCGCUGCCAAUGCUAUUGGAAAAUAUUUACUAGGCGGUUGGGUAAUGACAGAUGAAGCUUGCCGAACCACUAGCUGUAACGUUCCGCUAAUGCGUUCGAAAGAUGGUACCAAAUGGUUCUGUGUUAUAUGUGAUGGUGACCCUUCCAAUGCAAACCGAAAACCUUCAGUUAGUCAGAAUUCAUUGUACACCAUGAGUCAAAACAUUUCUCCAAAUACAGAAGGUGAUGCCCUAAAUCAAACUGACGAAAAUCAAGCUCGACAACAGCAAUCAAAGCUUGCUUCUCAUCUAAUUGGACAACAUUUAUUACAAGGAUGGGCAUUAAUUGAUGAAAUUUGUCCAUCGAAUACUUGCUAUGGGGUGCCACUAAUUCGCGCUCGUGAUAGGAAAAAAUACUGUGUCAUUUGCAAAAAUUAUUAUUUAUCUGAAUCGGAACUAGAUCAAUCGAGAAACAUUAAUAGAAUAAUAACAAAUGAAAUUGGCUCAUCACAAACGCUUGUAAAGCAAGAAAAAAAGCAUGAAUUGGAAGAAGAUAUACAAUAUAAUCCAGCUAAACGGAACAAGAUUGAUUGUGAGACACAAUCAUCUGAUACUAUACAGCAACUCGAGAAAGAGGCAGAACGAGUGACAUUACUUUCAUCUCAAAAUACUUCAAAGCAACAAACUGACUCCACAAUCUUCACCGCUGGAUCAUUAACGGUCAGCAGCAAUACUUCUAUUACAACUGUUGAAAAGAAAACAAUCAUCACAAUAAGAGAAAAACUUGAACAAUUGCGGCUCAAGUUAACAUUAAGUAAUGAACCAAAAGAAAUCAUGGAAAUAUGUGAUAGUAUCAAAAGCUGUGCUCAGGCUUUAGAUGUGUUGAACGGGUAUUCGAACCGACAAAUGUAUUAUUAA